AUGGCGGACAAAGAGAAACGCCGGUCCGGGGUUAUUCCUCCUGGGAUGCCCGAGGGCAAAGCCACCAAAUCGGACAGCGACAGGGAGUUUUUAUCGCAGGCGGGGGUGGGAGAGCUGCUCCGCGGGGCCAUCCUGAAGAUGGUCGAAGCCAGAUCGGACGAUCCCAUCGGGUUCCUAGCCGACCAUUUCUGCAACCUCGCCUCCGUGACAGAGACCGGCACAGCUGGAUGCAGCGAUGGGGAUCAGCUGAACAACGGCCCGCUGAGCGCAGGCGCGCAGGAGCAGCAGCAUCUCAACCGGGCACUGUGGCACCUGCGGCUGGCGCACCACUCCCAAAGAUCUGCCUUCAGCAACAACGUCCGUGUGGCCUACGACCUCAUAAACCUCACUGGGCCCCAUAGAAAUCCAGGUGAGGUUCCUGAGGGUCCUGAAGGCUCCUGCACCAACAGCCCCACAGGAGGAGGGGGAGAAGGAGGAGGAGGAGGAGGAGGGGUGAGAGGAGGUCUCUACACACAGACUCUGCAGUGUCUAUGCAGUGAAGGCGGAGUCCCUGCCUCCACGUCCGCCCCGCUCCUGCGACGUCUCCAUUGCCAAGACCAUGAGGCCGUCCCAUAUGAUGUCUUCCGUCACGGUGUGCUCACAUGCGCUGUUUUCUCAGACUACAUUCGGCAGGCUCAGAGGCUUUACGCUGAGGUGUGCUGCCCAGACGAAGGGCCUGCCUCGCGGGGGCUGUGCCUGGCCGUACUGGGGACCCUACAGGAAGCACUGGAGACUUCCCAGGGCUGUGAUGCAAACUGCUGUGUUAAUGCUAAUACUAAAGCUAAUGCCUGCUUGGAAGUCAAUGUGAAGGCUAUCCGCUACCUGGAGGCCAGUGCCAAGCUCUCUCCCUGCAAGCUAGCUCAGGCUAUAUCUGGAGCACAGGCUCGGGGUCCAGGUGGCAACAUGGAUGCAAAGGAGUUUGAGAAUGCAGCUGCAGAGCUGUUUAUCACCCGAGUCAAAGUUGUGUCCUAGGUUUCUUCUCUGUUUUCUCAUAAUUUAUGAUUCUACAGCUAUGUACAGUAUGAUAGAGCAAAUAAUUACCCUGUGUCCUGUCUCUGAACUCUAACCUACUGCUGCCUAAAUGGUAAAUGUCUAUAUAACACCUAAUUAAAAAAACACGUACACACUUAUCACAGAUAUUACCUCCUCUCCUGACUAACACUAAACCAAAUAAUAACACUCGUGAUAAAACCUAUUGUUUGAUGUCUGUUCUUGAACUUAUUCAUGUCAACGAUGUCUGCUGUGACUCAACAAGCAGCUACUGCACUGUGUGAAGGACAUAGAGUUCCUUGGACAGACUAAAUACAUUCCUAGAAAUCAGUAUUUAUCCUGUUUCCAUUGUUGUUGAGCCUUCCCCACGAAACACUCAGUUUAGAAAGCAACACUCUGUACUGAGCUACAUCUAAUGCAAUCCAAUACCACAACCCUGUAAUAAAUCCUCUUCUUUUAACCAUUUUCCUGUUUUGUUGAGACUGUCAGUGGAAUAAGGAUUAAACUGGUCUGUGUCAUUGUGGAGGCUGUAGUUUGUGAUGCUGUUGCAAUAUAUUUAAGCAUUUCUAACAUUUUGUUAUAGAAACGCUAACAUUAAAUUAAAUUGCUGUAGCAGGAAACAUUUGGGGGAAUAAACAUGGAA